AGAAGAAACCAGCUCCAGAAGAAGAACAAGGAGAAGAAUUGUUUCCGGAAUGCGGAUUGGGGGGGGGGUAACAUACUGAAAAUAUUGCGCUGAGCAGCUACAUCAAUUAUAAGUCAUAUCAACACUUUCGGCCCCUGUUGUCUCAGAUUUGAGGAUGUCGGGACAGAAGCGUGCUGCUGACCCCUGUAGCUCGUCAUCCAGUGUGCCCCCGGAGAAACGUAGAGAGCGGGAGGUGGAAGACGGAGGUGAGGGGGCCGGAGUCGGAGUAGGAGGAAGCAGCACUGCCGUUGAGACGGUCAUCAAACUGGGAGGAGUGUCCAAUUCUGAAGAGCAAGAUGUGAAAGCCCUUAUGGUUAAGAACAGGAAAUUGGGGGAGGCCUUGGACCAGAGGCAGGUAAUUGAGGACGAGCUGAGAGAGAGGGCUGAGAAGCUGGAGACUCGCCAGGCAACUGAUGAUGCCAGUCUGCUGAUCCUCAACCGAUACUGGAACCAGUUUGAUGAGAACAUACGCCUGAUUGGCCGGCGCUAUGACCAAUCCGGAAGUGAGUCUGCUGACCUCUUGACUGGGGAAGGCCGGAGUCUGAAGCCAGAGACUCCGGAGCCUGAUGGAGACUCCAACCAAGAGAGAGUGAGAGACAGAGGCCACUCAGGUGAGGCAGCCACUUCUUUCCUUGCCACCCUGGCCAGCAGCAGCAGUGAAGAGAUGGAAGCAGAGCUGCAGGAGAGGGUGGAGGCGAGUCGGCAGCUGACCAAUCAGGUUGUGGAAAUCUACAACAGUUUGAAGGACACGGUGGAUUCCCUGGAGAAUGAGCUGGAGGCAGGUGGAGACAACAGUGUCUGGCAGGUCACCGCCCAGCUGAACACCCUUCUGGCCAAGGAAAAUGAGCGAUUGCGUCAGCUGACCAGCGAGCUUCAGCAGAGGCACAUACACAUGACCAAUGAGUCUCGCUCUUUGGGCCGGGCCAUGACACGGGCGGAGAGCCGGGUUGGCGAGCUGCAGGUUCUGAUAGAGGAGCUCCAGUGGGACACAGAGAAGAUCCGGCGGAGGGAAAACCGGCUCAACACACACCUGGGAGAAGUGUUGGAGAGGGUGAACAGUAAAGGGUACAAGGUGUGUGGAGAGGCUAGCAGCGUGUGCGGCAGCAUCACCAUCAACAAGAGAAAGUUUGAGGAGAUGAACAGUGAGCUGGAGGAGAACAGGGAGCUGGCAGAGAAUCGGCUCAGUGAGCUGCAGAAACUGCAGCAGGACCUGCAGGCUGUAAGCCAAGAGAACAGCAACAUGACGGUGGAGUUGUGCUCUCGGGCGGAGGAUGUGGUCAGGGAAACCUCAGAGUACCGGUGUCUGCAGUCUCAGUUCUCUGUGCUCUAUAACGAGUCUCUGGUGCUGAAAGCCCAGUUGGAUGAGACCAGAUCCCGGCUGAACACCACCAGAACUGCCAGACUCCGCCAGCUUGACCACAUGGAGAAUGACGAGGUGUCUCUUCAGAGGAAGGUUCGUACUGAAGUAAUCCAGCUGGAGGACACACUGGCGCAGGUUCGAAAAGAGUAUGAGAUGCUGAGGAUUGAGUUUGAGCAGACCCUCGCUGCCAAUGAGCAAGCAGGCCCGAUUAACAGGGAGAUGAGACACCUGAUCAGCACCCUGCAGACACACAACCAGCAAAUGAAAGGCGAGGUGGUGAAGUACAAACUGAGACUGAGAGAAGCACAGGCACAGCUGAACCAGAUUCGAGCUAUGAAGGGCAGCUCAAUACUCCAGUCACAGUCCAGCACAGAACUUGAUGUCAAGGAAGAGACUGCCUCCCCAAUUACCACAGCUCCUUUCUGUGACAUCACAGUCAAGACGGAACCUGACAAUGGCUCUGCCACCCCCACCAGCACAGGACCCUCGGUGAAGACAGAGUCUGGGACAGAGAUGGAGGGAGCAAUGAAAGAGGAGGAAAAAGAUAAAGAGAAGGAGAGAGAAAGGGAGCGAGAAAGAGAACGGGAGCGGGAGAGGGUGGCACGCGGAGCGGGGGUAGGGGGUUUGGUGAAGGAAGACAGGGAGCGGGCCAGCACCAGCAGCCAGUCUGAGGAGCCAGCAGCAGAACGUUGCACUGUGCUUGGAGGACCCAAGAGAAAGGAGGUGGAGCAGCUGAAAAUGGUCAGAGCGGAGCUGAAGAAAGCUCAGGAAUCACAGCGAGAGAUGAAACUGUUGUUGGAUAUGUACCGGUCAGCCCCUAAGGAGCAGAGAGACAAAGUGCAGCUAAUGGCAGCAGAAAAGAAAGCCAAAUCUGAGGCAGAGGAGCUGAGACAGAGGCUGAGGGACCUGGAGGAGAGGGAAAGGAGGGAGGGGAAGAAGAUGGCCGAUGAGGAGGCGCUGAGAAAGAUCCGUUCUGUAGAGGAGCAGAUCGACACGCUUAACAAGAAACUGUCUCUCGCCAAGCAGGAAGAGGACGCCUUGCUAAGCGAGAUGGAUGUGACAGGCCAGGCGUUUGAGGACAUGCAGGAGCAGAACAUUCGGCUCAUGCAGCAGCUCAGGGAGAAGGACGAUGCCAACUUCAAACUGAUGAGCGAGAGGAUCAAGUCCAACCAGAUCCACAAACUGCUGAAGGAGGAGAAGGAGGAGCUGGCUGACCAGCUGCUCACGCUCAAAACACAGGUGGACGCCCAGCUUCAGGUGGUGAGAAAGCUGGAAGAGAAGGAGCGCCUCCUACAGAACACUAUCGUUACUGCAGAGAAAGAGCUGACGCUGAGGACUCAGGCCCUGGACAUGAACAAACGCAAGGCGCAGGAGUCAGCCCAGCUCUCAGAGGAGAUCCGGGUGCAGCUGGAUGCUGUGCAGCAGAAGCUGAACGGGGUUCGAGAGGAGGUGAUUGAGAACAGCCUCUCCCGCGAGAAGGAGUCCUUCAAUGCCCGCAGGGCCCAGGAGGACAUUUCAAAGUUGAGGAGGAAACUGGAGAAAGCCAAGAAGCCAGCCGAAAACAUUCCGAACUGCGAUGAGAUUCUCAACGAGGAAAUUAAGGACUACAAGGCACGCCUCACCUGUCCAUGCUGUAAUUCCCGGGUGAAGGACGCAGUUCUCACAAAGUGCUUCCACGUGUUCUGCUUUGAGUGUGUAAAAACUCGGUACGACACGCGUCAGAGGAAGUGCCCCAAGUGCAAUGCCGCCUUUGGCGCCAACGACUUCCAUCGUAUUUACAUUGGAUAGGCGCCAUGGCAUGCAAUGAGUGGAAGGGGAGGUUUGGGAGAACUGGGUUGGUGAAAACGGCUUGGUAGACUGGUUACGUAUGGUAGAUUUGAUGUUUCUGAUUUUACAAAUAGAAUUAACCUCAACCCCCUGCUCCCCACUUCCCUGAGGACCACAAAAACAGGACAGAGUAACCUGAUGGAUGAUGGAUGGGGCAAAGUGUUUGUGUUUUUUUCUACUGUGCAUUAUGCGGGUGUGUAUGCUGCGGCCUCCGACACCCUCUAGGGGCCCGAGACCCCCUCCCUCAUCUUUAAAUCUCUCUGUGUCUCCAGAAGAAUCACUGCCCCCUCCCCCCCUCACCAAGCGUGGAACUCAACCCAGUCUGUAGAGGGUAGAGAGUUCAGUUGGGACAAACAAGCCUGCAUCCCUUCGACCCAAACCCACCCCAAAGUCAUAGGCCUUCAGAUUUUAAGGAAAGCAUGGUUCACACAUCCAACAGAAAGACUAAAGCAGGCAGUUCACAGAUCAGGUCCUUGUUGAUCAUGUUAAACUGGGAGACUGAUGAUUUUUGAUGGUUUUUAGGUCUGUGACUGUACAUGUUGCUGUUGGCAAUGAUGUCCCAGCCCUGGGGAGGCAAAAUAUCCCCCCGCCUCCUUUCUAACAUCAACACGAAUAUUUGAGUGAACAGUAGUCCUGGAAACCUUGUCCAAGGAUCUAAAAGACUGGAGCUUCUACAGGGUAGACUAGUGUAACCGUGAACUGUAUCGCGCUGUCAGGUCAUUCUCUGUUUUUUUGUUUUGUUUGUAUUUUUGUUUUUAUUUACAAGCCAUUUUAAAUUCAAGGCAUCGGUUUCAGUCAAUCUGACAUAUCUGACAUUUUUUUUGAUUGCCAACUUGCAAUUAAUAAAAAAAUGGGGGUCUAAAACUACCUGUUUCCUCUUCCUGUUUGUGAAAUCUCACAGAAAUGAGUGUUUCUGUGAUUAUAGGUUCCAUUAUUAAAGUUUUUUAUCGUUUUUCCACUGGUUGUAAACAAAAGGACAGCAGCAUCUAUUUGGUUAUGUAUCAGUCUCAGUUUGGUUCUCAAGUUCAAUAUGGCCACCACAUUAUGUAAAUAAAGAAAUGUACAGUCAAAGUGUAGGGUCCUGAAAGUUGGCACAAAAAAAAAUUAUCUUGCUCAACAAUUUUACCUGUUUACUUUAACCACCAUAUUUCACUUUACAUUUUUAUGGAAAAUGCUGGUUUUGUCUGGCACAAGUGUGGGUUCUUAUUUUCUUUGAACUAAUGCUGAUCUAUAUCAAUACAUGGGACAUUCACUACAUGGCCAAAAGUAUGUGGACAACCCUUCUAAUUAGUGGGUUCAGCUGCCUAUUGGUAACAGGUGUAUAAUAUCAAGCAUAUGGCAAUGCAAUCUCCGUAGACAAACAUUGGCGGUAGAGUGGGUCACACUGAAGAGCUCAGUGACUUUCAACGUCUCACUGUCAUAGGAUAGCACCUUUGCAAUAAGUCAGUUUGUCAGAUUUCUGCCCUAGAGGUUUUUGGGUCAACUGUAAGGGCUGUUGUUGUGAAGUGGAAAUGUACAGGAGCAACAACAGCUCAGCCGCAAAGCGGUAGGCUACACAAGCUCAAAGAAUGGGACAGCCGAGUGCUGAAGCACAUAGCACGUAAAAAUCAUCUGUCUUCGGUUGCAACACUCACUACCAAGUUCCAGACUGCCUCUGGAAGCGAUGUCAGAACAAGAACUGUUUGUCGGGUGCUUCAUGAAAUGAGUUUCCAUAGCCGAGCAGCGACAUACAAGCCUAAGAUCACUAUGCGGAAUGCCAAGUGUCAGCUGGAGUGGUGUAAAGCACACCGCCAUUGAACUCUGGAGCAGUGGAAACACGUUAUCUGGAGUGAUGAAUCACGCUUCACUAUCUGGCAGUCUGACAAAUGAAUCUGGGUAUGGCAAAUGAUAGGAGAACGCUACCUGACCAAAUGCAGAGUGCCAACUGUAAAGUUUGGCGGAGGAGGAAUGAGGGCUGGGGCUGUUUUUCACAGUUUUUGCUAGGCCCCUUGGUGCCAGUAAAGGGAAAUCUUAAUACUACAGCAUACAAUGAUAUUCUAGAAUAUUAUGUGCUUCCAACUUCGUAGCAACAGUUUGGUGAAGCCCAUUUCCUGUUUCAGCAUGACAAUGCCAACAUGUGCAAAGUAAGGUCCAUAAAGAAAUGGUUUGCUCAGUUUGGUGUGGAAGAAAUUGAAUGGCCUGCACAGAGGCCUGAACUCAACCCCAUCUAACACCUUUGAGAUUAACUGGAAUGCCAACUGCAAGCAAGGCCUUAUUGCCUGGCCUCAGUAUUUCUCGUGUUGCUGAAUGGAAGCAAAUCCCCACAGCCAUGUUACAAAAGUGGAAAGCCUUCCCAGAAUAGUGGACACUGUUAUAGCAGCAAAGGGGGACCAACUCCAUAUUAAUGUCCAUGGUUUUGGAAUGAGAUGUUCAGCAAGCACAUAUCGGCGUGAUGUUUGGGUGUCCACAUACUUUUGGCCAUGUACUGUAAUAUUAAUACUUGUUAAGUACCUGGGAGGGGAGUAAUAUCAAACAGUGGUACAUUAAACUACAGUUCCCGGGCUGCAGUGUAAUCUUCCCCGAACAACCACUUGGCUGCUUUACAAGUACACAUCAAGUUACAAAUUUUAAAAGCCGCUUUGCCAGAGGGACGGGAGCGAUGUGCACUGUCAACGGUUAUCAGAAGCUGCCAAAACGCCGAUCCGCAUUGGCUGUGCUUUGCGCUGGAAACGCUCCUUAUCUGCGGAUAAACUUUAACAUGGUUAGUUUGUUGCAGCUAUGCAUUGUUUUGUCUAAUAAAAAUACCUGUGCCUGCA